CGACAGCCACUGUUUACCUGUAAAGGGUACCUCUACCUUCUUGCCCUCGGCAUCGUUUUUGGUGUACUUGCUUUGAUCUGGUUUGUCAUCCAUCAUCCACGAGCACGUCGCGUGACAGCCAAAGUCUAUCACCAGCUUGCGAAUCUUCAGACGACAACGACCCCUUUGCCACGCCUAAGCUAUCUUUAGCUAUUGUGUCACAAGCGAAGGCAGCAUCGUCCUUACGACUUGGCAGGGGUGACCAUCUACAACCUCGAGGCCUUCACAAUCCAGGGGCACUUCAUUAUUACCAAUCCUCCAUCGAAAGCCCGUAUAUAAAACUGCGCGAAGCUCGGCUUCGCCAACCCUCCUUCUCACCAUGUCCAACAACGACUCUUCCGAUACCAGCUACGUCAAAAUGUCUACCGCCGACGUUGCCUCCCCCUCCUCUGGCACCAGCGCCGGCACCGACGCCAGUCUAGUCGGCAAACACUGUCAGCUCGAAUAUUGCAAUCAGCUCGACUUUCUCCCUUUCCUCUGCCAAUCCUGUCACAAGACCUUCUGCCUCGACCAUCGGUCCGAGUCAUCGCACAACUGUGCCUGCGCGGGCGCUUGGGCCGAGCGUCGCCGGCUUGCCCAGCUUGCCCGGCCCUCCGCUGGCGAAGGGAAACGCAUGCGCGAGCUCGUUUCGCAAAAACCCUGCGCCGACGACGCCUGCAAGACCAUCAUUGGCACUUCCCUAGUCCCGGGCGUGCACUGCCCCUCUUGCAACCGGGACUACUGCCUUAAGCACCGGCUGGCUGAAGACCACGACUGUAAAUCCAAGGUUCCAAUCGGGGCGCGAGCAGCGUCCGCUGCGACGGCUGCGGCGAUGCAAGCUAGCGCCAAAAGUGCGCUCGAACGGUUCAAGCUGUGGGGGAAAACGAAGCGCGAGGAGGCGGCAAGAUCGCUACCGAAACCGAAACCGAGCACGGCUGCGCAAAGGGUGAUUGCGAAGAGGAUAUAUCUGUAUGUGGAGGCGGAAAGCGAAACGGCCAAGGCGAAGAUCCCCAAGGGCGAGUUCUUUUACAACAAGGAGUGGGUGGUGGGGAGGGUGUUGGAUGCGGCGGCUAGGAGUCUGCAGGUGCAGAAUAUCAAUAAUCAGUCGAGCAAGGAGGAGGAUCGGCUAAGGGUGUUUCAUGUGGAGGGCGGGAGGAUGUUGGAGUUCAAUGAGAAGAUCGAGAAGGUGUUGGUGAAUGGGAAUACGAUUGUGCUGUUGAGGGGGGUGGGGCCGCCACCGGAUUUGAUUGAGAUGUGAGGGAGGGUGGCUGGUAAUUGGAGGAUGUGGGAUAGUGGGAGUUGGUUCGCAUUUUCACUCUAUAUAUUCUGAGAGCAUUGCGAUGGGCUUUCAGGGGUUUUGAUAUUUCUCAAGGACACUUCCUGAUACCAAGUGCUGGGACUGGGAUGUUGUUGGGGCAUUUCCAAGAUGACUUCGCAUGUAAUGAAAUCUUUUGCAACUUGUCAAUC